AUGCAGCUACCCGGCGUGAGAUGCAUGAAUGGCCGUUGUGCUUCAAGCGGGGUAGUCAUGCCAUCAUGUCCGCACAUUAGAACAGCGUCUCUUUUCCCUGUAACAGCGAUGUCCUCGAGAUGUUCCUUGCGCUGGAUCUGCCUGGCCUUUAUACCAGCUGCCAGCACAAUUCUGCCAGAACUAGAGAUGGAUGAUGAAUGCCAGGCAGGUGAGUGUGCCCUGGAAGCUCUCCAACUUCGAAGUGCCCGGGAGCGCGCGGGUGCAGAUGCGGGCUGCGAGGAUGCCACGGGUGGAUCCUGCAUGAAUGAUGUCAUGUGGGCGAAGAACGAGGGCAUCAACAGCCAUCCCGACUGGUAUCCUGGACUCUCACAAGGUUCCAGCUUGCCGGAAUUCCAAUGUCAAGUUUACAAGACCAACCCUGCCAAGUGUCCGAAGCCUUGCAGUGUCUCCUGCAGUGGGCCCGUGGCACAGCCGAGUCACCCACCCAGCAUUGAGGCUCCAAGCUGCGCGGGCAAGGAGCAACCGGAUGCCUGCCUCUGCGUCUUUGAUAUUGACCGAACGCUGACUUCCAAGCAAGGCCAGCACGAUGUCUGCCCUGGCUCCAGCGCGUCCGAUGGCAUUGUAGACACUGCAUAUGGUGGUGGUACUUUGGUGCUGUCAUCCCUGGCAGCUGCUCGCAUGGCCGGCACUUUCUGCCAGAAGUGCUACCUGGGUGUCUGCUCCCAUGGAGACGGCAGCGGCGCAAACUCGCGAGAACGCAAGGAGCUGCUUCGUGAGGUUCUGCGCAGCGACGCGAUGGACAAGUUCCAGAUGAAGCCAUACAACGCGGCCUGGAGUGACAUGAAGCUUCUGUCGCCCUUCGUAGUGGGAAAGCCAGAUGGACAGAAGCAGCAUGCUGUCUUUCAGAUCUUGGAGUGGUACGCGUCGCAAGAUGUCUGCAUUUCGAAGAGUAACACCCACUUCUUCGACGACAAGGAUGUAAACAUCAAUCCAUUCAGAGGAACUGGGAUGAACGCACACCAAAUCUCGUGUGAUUCGAGGGAUCCCCAGCUUGGCUGGGGAGAAGUCGGUUUAUGUGGAGCCACUGUGCCAGAGAUUCGGGAUGAAAAGGGCGUGACUGUCUGCAAGAUCGCGUGCCGGUGGUCGGACUGGUCGUCAUGGGGCGGCUGCUCAAAAAGCUGCGGCGGAGGAUCCAGGCAGCGAAAUCGCAGAGUAUCGGUCAAGGCAAGAAAUGGAGGGCAGGAGUGCAGCGAUGGCGCCUUCGACCAUGAGGACUGCAACGUCGAGGCAUGCCCCACAACGACCACAACCACCACGACGACCACGACAACCACAACCACUACAACCACCACCGCGACCACUACACCCUCUGCGGAUGCGGAGGAUCCUGAGGAUAGUGCAACUGCAGACCGUGAGCAGGAGGAGGAGUCCGCGUGA